GCAGUCAAGAGCCGCGCCAAUAGCUUAGUUGAAGUGGAGACCUACGCGGCCGCCGAGGCGGCUGUUGACCGCAGGGCCUCAGAGGUCCUCGCGCAGCAGCAGCAGCAGCAGCAGCAGCCACAACAGCAGCCACUGCAGCAAGAUAAUCGACCCAAGGUUACCACGCUGGAGCUGUCGUACUGCUCGUCGUUGCCUGUCAGUCAAACGCAAAUUAUAGGUAGCUGUAAUUUGGCAAUGCUGCUAUCCUGCGCCGGAUGCGACAAGCCGAUACUCGACAAAUUUUUAUUCAAUGUACUCGACAGGGCCUGGCACGCGGACUGCGUGCGCUGCUGCGAAUGCCGAACGCCGCUGCAAGAGAAAUGCUUCUCCAGGGAGGCCAAGCUCUUUUGCCGAAAUGACUUCUUCAAACGAUACGGGACAAAAUGCGGUGGGUGUUCACAAGGCAUCAAUCCAUCGGAUCUCGUGCGGAAGGCCCGGGACAAAGUGUUUCAUUUGAACUGUUUCACUUGUCUCGUGUGCCGAAAGCAGAUGAGCACCGGCGAGGAAUUAUACGUUUUAGAUAAUAAUAUAUUCGUUUGCAAAGAGGACUACUUGUCUGGAAAAUCGGUGUCUAUUACCAAUUUCAUGCAUAAUCGCCAUAAUAGUGAUGUCAUUUGCUCGGGUUCAGAGGACGAGGACGAGGAAGGAAGCGGCCUGGCCAAUCAGCAUUCGGAAAACAUCGGUAUCUCGCACGUCGAGGUGCACAACAUGAACUCGAUCGAUCGGGUUAUUUGUGCGGGAAACGACAUGAGUCUCGGCGAUCCUUGCAAGCAGGAAGAUUCCGAAGAUCAAGGUUCCUUGGACGACGAUCCCGAGUCCCACGACGGCCAGAUGGAAAACAAGAGUCCGGACGGCGCGGUCGGCAGCGGGGACGGCGGCGCGGGCUCAAAGCGCCGAGGGCCCCGCACCACUAUUAAGGCUAAACAAUUAGAAAUAUUAAAGACUGCUUUCUCGCAAACGCCGAAGCCCACCAGACACAUACGCGAGCAGCUUGCCAAGGAGACGGGUCUGCCUAUGCGGGUCAUACAGGUUUGGUUCCAAAAUAAGCGCAGCAAGGAGCGCCGACUGAAGCAACUGACAUCGAUGGGCCGAAGCCCGUUCUUCGGGGGAUCGCGCAAGAUUCGCGGCUUCCCACUGAAUCUCAAUCACGGCGGGCUGGCGAACGAGGACGGCCCGCCGCCCGGCUUCUCCUACUUCGCCGACAAAUUCGACUUCGGCUACGGCAAUCCGGUGCCUUUUCAUCACGAGUUUUUCCCCGGGCAUCCGCCGCCCGGCGCGACGCACGGAUCGCCGUUCGUGGGCCCUAGCAAUACCUGAUCGAUCAUGAAUCAACAAUACUAAAGAGGAAUUUCAACGCAUCAAACUGGCUGAAUCUUUUUAAACAAAAUAUACUUCGAUGUUAUACUUCGCCUAAGGAUUAUCAUAAUAUAUGAAAAAUGUGGGGGAAGCUAUGUGAAAACAAAAAAAAACGAUAAAAUAUUACAAACUUUUCAAAUGCUGGUUCGGGCAUACGAUCAUUCAAAAUAAUCAUAAAUUACUUAGGAAAAAAAUGUUAUGAUUUUUUUU